AUGUCGUUUUUAAGAAGAGUUUGGAGUGCUAUCAGCAAGCCAGACGAGAUUUGGAAGGCGAGAAAUCGAUUCUAUGAAGCCAAUUCGCUAAAUGAUCCAAGUCGGUCAAGACGAACCGUCCAGUACUACAAGGAAGACGCAGUUUGGCAGUACAUUGGUGGUGGGAAGAGACUUCCAGCACAAUGGUCAUCGUGGCUGUCGCAUACGCGGCCCAAUCCUCCGACGCUCGAAGAACUCCAAAUGGACAUUGCACGCCGGGAGCGUGUUUUACGAAAUGCGCAACUCAUAGAAGCGAAGGACCGCGAGGAAAGUGAACAGCUUGCUAGGUUGCGGAAUGCAGAGCACGCAGCGUUGAUGGCUGCGCCCCACUCAGCUAAGGCAGCUGCUUCGGCUCCCGCACCGAAUGCAGCACACUCACCGGGCGCCGCCCCGCCGACAGCACAACCAUCAUCUCCCUUGCCGGAGAUAAAUAAAGCACAGGCGAGCGAAGCAGAGGCUUGGGCACCGCAUGCUAGGGUGAGAGGGAAAUAGAAGUGUGCGACUUGCGUGCGAUGUUCAUACCUGCGAGAAAUGUGCGACUUCCGUGAGACGUUCAUUUCC